AUGUGUAACGUUAUUCAUGUGAAAUGUCAAUUUCAAAGAGAUUCGCAAAGAGGAAGAGCCAUUUCCGGUUUUAGUAGAACAAACGAUGCCGAUUACGAUGACAACGAUAUAGAUGAUAAUCAACCGCCGAGAAAAUAUGGUAGAAGAGGUUAUAGGUCAAAUUGUAGAUGUGCUAAAAUAUCAAAUUGUCCAAAACUUCAAAUAACAAUACCAAGAUGUCCACCGGAAGAAUUUGUUUGUUGUUUUAAUUAA